CGGCGGGGCAGCGCUGCGGCCCCGAUCCCGCCCCACCGCGCCCCCAGCCCUGCCCCGGGGCGCGGAGCGGGCACAGCCGGGCCCAUCCCGCUGCCGCUGCCGCUGCUGAUCCCGCUCCCGCUCCGUGCCGGGCUCGGCCGGCGGCGCAGGAGGCCGGGGCCAUGGCGCUGGACGGGAUCCGCAUGCCGGACGGCUGCUACGCCGACGGGACGUGGGAGCUGAGCGUCCAUGUCACCGACCUGGGCCGCGACGUCACCCUGCGGGUCACCGGCGAGAUCCACAUCGGCGGCGUCAUGCUGCGCCUCGUCGAGAAGCUCGAUGUCAAGAAGGACUGGUCUGAUCACGCUCUGUGGUGGGAAAAGAAGAAAACUUGGCUCCUUAAAACUCACUGGACGUUGGAUAAAUACGGGAUCCAGGCGGAUGCCAAGCUCCAGUUCACCCCUCAGCACAAACUGCUGCGCCUGCAGCUGCCCAACAUGAAGUACGUCAAAGUCAAAGUCAACUUCUCUGACAGGGUCUUCAAGGCUGUUUCUGACAUCUGCAAAACCUUCAACAUCAGGCAUCCAGAAGAGCUCUCCCUUUUGAGGAAACCCAGAGAUCCAUCAAAGAAAAAAAAGAAGAAAUUGGACGAUCAAUGUGAAGAUGACACCUUCGAGCUGGAGGGGCCUCUGAUCACACCAGGGUCGGGCACCGAUAUUCUUUACAUCGGCCCCGUCAAAGGAAAUAUCUAUUCAAGCCCAGGACUCUAUAGCAAAACGAUGACGCCGACCUACGACGCCCACGACGGCAGCCCCCUGUCCCCCACGUCCGCCUGGUUCGGCGACAGCGCCCUGUCCGAGGGCAACCCGGGAAUCCUGGCCGUGAGCCAGCCCGUCACCUCCCCGGAGUCCUUAGCCAAAAUGUACAAGCCCCAGACGCUGCUCGAUAAGGCCAAAAUCAACCAAGGGUGGCUGGACUCGUCCCGAUCCCUCAUGGAGCAGGAGGUGAAGGAAAACGAGGCUUUGCUACUCCGGUUCAAGUACUACAGCUUUUUUGACCUGAAUCCAAAGUACGACGCGAUCAGGAUCAACCAGCUGUACGAGCAGUCCAAGUGGGCCAUCCUGCUGGAGGAGAUCGAGUGCACGGAGGAGGAGAUGAUGAUGUUUGCAGCACUGCAGUACCACAUCAACAAGCUGUCCAUCAUGUCCUCGGAAAACCACCUGAACCACAGUGACAAGGACGUGGACGAGGUGGACGCCGCGCUCUCGGACCUGGAAAUCACCUUGGAAGGUGGCAAGACAUCAACAAUCCUGGGUGACAUCACUUCCAUCCCAGAGCUGGCUGACUACAUUAAAGUCUUCAAGCCCAAGAAGCUGACGUUGAAAGGCUACAAGCCCUACUGGUGCACCUUCAAAGAUACCUCCAUCUCCUGCUACAAAAGUAAAGAGGAAUCCAACGGGACUCCUGCUCACCAGAUGAACCUGAGAGGAUGUGAAGUUACCCCUGAUGUGAACAUCUCUGGUCAGAAGUUCAACAUCAAACUCCUGAUUCCAGUGGCAGAGGGGAUGAACGAGAUUUGGCUGCGCUGUGACAACGAGACGCAGUACGCCAGCUGGAUGGCCGCCUGCCGCCUGGCCUCCAAGGGCAAGACCAUGGCCGACAGCUCCUACGGCAUGGAAGUGCAGAACAUCCUGUCCUUCCUGAAAAUGCAGCAUUUGAACCCAGACCCACAGCUGAUCCCAGAGCAGAUCAACACUGACAUCAACCCCGAGUGCCUGGUGUCUCCUCGCUACCUGAAGAAGUACAAGAACAAGCAGCCAGGCUAUGUAAGAGACUUGAUCACGGCGCGCAUCCUGGAGGCUCACCAGAACGUGGCCCAGAUGAGCCUCAUCGAGGCCAAGAUGCGCUUUAUCCAAGCCUGGCAGUCGCUGCCGGAGUUCGGCAUCACGCACUUCAACGCGAGGUUCCAGGGUGGGAAGAAGGAUGAGCUGAUCGGCAUCGCCUACAACCGGCUGAUCCGCAUGGACGCCAGCACGGGCGACGCCGUCAAGACCUGGCGCUUCAGCAACAUGAAACAGUGGAAUGUCAACUGGGAGAUCAAAAUGGUGACGGUGGAGUUCGCAGAUGAGGUGCGGGUGUCGUUCAUCUGCACCGAGGUGGAUUGCAAGGUGGUGCACGAGUUCAUCGGGGGCUACAUCUUCCUGUCCACGCGGGCCAAGGACCAGAACGAGAGCCUGGACGAGGAGAUGUUCUACAAACUGACCAGUGGCUGGGUGUGAGCCCCGCCAGCCUCGCCCCGCAGGAACCCCCAUGGCCAUAUUCAUGUUUAACUUUCCAAAGCUGUCCUUUGAGAUAAUGCUGCUUAAUAAAGUAAGCUUGAAAUGUA